CACCUAACAAACCAUUCAUAGAAGAAGAAGAAAAAAAACAGAAACCAAACCUCAAUGUGCACCCCACAAUCCAUCUUUCUACACUUUGUAUAAUAACUUCCCUCCUAACAAACCAUUCAUAAUUCAACCUUCAAUUUUCUACAAACCAAACCACAAAACUUUCUUCUCCUCCUCCAUAUCAUAACUACUUAUUUUAAUCACCAAUGGCACCACCUCAUGCAGCUCAAACGAUGACAUUACCGACGGCACAACGACCACCGCCCGCGAUCACUUCACCGAAAGUUCCCAUGCAAAUUUCCUUACAGCCGGCAAACAGCAAAAGCAAACGUAGUUCCACCAACAAAUUCUUUGGCAAAUUUCGUUCAAUGUUUCGGUCGUUUCCUAUCAUCGUUCCGUCGUGCAAGCUGCCCACGAUGAACGGAAACCACCGUACAAGUGAAACAAUCAUUCACGGAGGCACGAGGAUAACUGGAACCCUAUUUGGUUACCGAAAAGCGAGGGUAAACCUCGCUUUUCAAGAAGACUCUAAAUGUCACCCGUUCCUUCUCUUGGAGUUAGCCAUUCCCACAGGAAAGCUUCUCCAAGACAUGGGAAUGGGGCUUAACAGAAUAGCGCUGGAGUGCGAGAAGCACUCCAGCAACGAUAAAACAAAGAUUGUUGAUGAACCAAUUUGGACGUUGUUUUGCAAUGGAAAGAAAAUGGGUUAUGGGGUGAAGAGAGAUCCAACAGAUGAUGACUUAUAUGUGAUACAGAUGUUGCAUGCAGUCUCAGUGGCGGUUGGCGUGCUUCCGAGCGACAUGUCAGACCCUCAAGACGGAGAAUUGUCGUACAUGAGGGCGCAUUUUGAACGUGUAAUUGGGUCUAAAGAUUCAGAGACUUAUUAUAUGAUGAUGCCUGAUGGGAAUAGCAAUGGACCUGAACUUAGUGUGUUCUUCGUUAGGGUUUGAUAUGUGGGGUUAGAUAAGUGAAAAAAAAAUGUUAAACAAGAUGUUGAGUUUGUUUAAAUAUGCUUGUGUUACUUACAAGCAUCCACGAUUGCACUGCAUAGAGCAGCUGUAUAUUCAUAUCAAUAGAAUAUUUUUUUUUUGAGGGAUAUCAAUAGAAUAAUUCUAUUAACUUAGUUUUCAUUA